UUGACGUCGUUGGUCGCGAGCGCUCGGCUGGUCGCCUCCUUCGAGUAGGAGGAGCCAAAAUGGCGGCUAAGGUGAGUGGUUCCCCUCGUGUUUAUCAUCCUACCUUCUGCCCCCUCCCCUCCCCUGCCUCCCCUUCCAGGAAAGGCUUCGUGAGGCGCCCUCCUUUUGAGUGGGCAGUGCUUAAAGGGCACAGAUGACAUACAGGGUGAGCUUUUCCCUUCGUUUAAAGGACGCCUUAACUUUCUUGAAUGCGGUCGUGGAGAUGCGAGGGGCGCCUGAGCAUGUGCAGAGCGCCCCCGCUUCCAUGCCUCAUAGCACGUAUGGCCCAGCUUUCCCCCGCUCUCCAGGUAGCCUCAAGGUAGUGGGCACGGUUUCUUUCUCCCCCUUCCUCUGCCUUCCCCCCACCCAAUGUCAUUUGAAUCUCCACAAACAAUCCUGUGAGAUAGCUCAGGCUCUUAAGAGACAAUACUCUGCCCAGUGAGGACGCUGGUCUCCUAGGGGCUGGUCUGACACCCAGCUUCUCCACGCCUGGGUGGCCAAGGACUGAUGGGAGUUGUAGUCCAAAGCAUCUGGACACCUCCAGGUUGGGAAAGGCUGCAACCACCAUGCUGCUCAGCUGGUGGAGCUCAGUGUGGCUUGGCAAUGCAUUGUUAUUGUUAUAUUAUUACUAUGUUUUCUUUUGGUUGUUUAACAGUCACAAAACUACAUCCCACUAUAGUGGAACCUCGGGUUGCGGACGUAACCCGUGACGAAGGCACGUCCGCAACCCGCAGAGUUUGUAACCUGCAGCUCCGUGUCUGCGCACGUGCAUGACGCGAUUUGGUACUUCUGCACAUGCGCGAAGCGCAAUUUAGGACUUCUGCACAAGCGGCGAAACCCAGAAGUAACCCUUUCCAGUACUUCCGGGUUUCCUGCGGUCCGCAACCUGAAAACGCGUAACCCGAAGUGUCAGUAACCCAAGGUACCACUGUACUCCCUACUUUGGCACAGCUGAAAUGAAUAGGACUUUGGGUAACCAGGAAUGGAUCCAUGAACUGUCUGACUGUGUGGAACUCGUAUAUUCAGUUAUGACACUAUAUAUAUAUAUAUAUAUAUAUAUAUAUAUAUAUAUUUUCUGGGCUCGGAAUUCUCUUAUUCGAUCUCUCUUGCACCUGGCUCUGGCUGGUGGAUUUAUCGGCUCUAGCAAGCAAAGCAGAUCCCAUUCUGCCUGCCUUUGCUCUUAAAAAGUCCCAACUCUGAAAAAGAAAAGUCCCAACUCUGCUUCUUUCCUACUGCUGCAGCUUCAGCGAGGAAAUCUUAAGUGCUCUCAGGUUCUUAUAAAGCUGCUGUUGAGUUUCAGGCAUAGUCCUGAAAAUGAAAGAGUGUCUGAGCAGGAGCAGAGUGCUGCCUCCUGUGUCCACUCUGUUCUGUCACUUUCCUUCUACUCCCUAGUGGGAAAAUGUGUAGCAAUUUUUAGAACUCCUGGACAUUAAAGACUAGUUGUUAAGAUGAGGAAGGUAUCUGAACAUGUGUGGUUCCAUCUCCAUCUUGUUCUUCUGAAUAACUGCUGAAUAACAGAUACAAAUCUCGAAAUUGAGUUAGAUCUGUGAUCAGACUUUUCAAAUAGAGAAAAAAGCUUAAAAUCCAGGUCUUUAAUUAUUGGGGCUCAUGCUAAAAGUUAAAUGUUUUCAUCACAUUUAUAAUAUUGUAUGCACCUUAAAACAUCUUAAGAUUACACCCAAACCCAAAAGUUGUUUGUACUUCUAUAAGCCUUGAGGUUUCCUCAUGCCUGUUGAUACCUCCCUCUUGUGUUUGGAUGGUGUCAUUUUUUGCUAUAUGGGAUCCACAAUCAAAGAAUGAGUUUGCUAUUAGCAUAUAGCAAGAGUGGCUAAGUUGCAGCAUGCAGACUGGAUCUAUUCCUCCCCAAAUGGAUGGGUAAGUGGGUAUGUUCUCCAAGAUCCCCAGCGAUUUGGCAAUUUAAGAUUAAAAAUAAUAAUAUUAAUGUAAUUCCCACUGUAGUGCUGUGGAGUUUCCUCUGUGGGACUGGAAGGGCUGCCAGCUUUCCAAAAAAUGUGUGCCUCUGGUUCAGCAUACCUUGCAAAGGCACCUCUUGUCUCUCGAGUGCCACAUAAUGCACUUGUAAGGAACUGAUCUUUGAGUGGCAGCUCCUCACAUUCUGGAACUCCCUGCCCAUUGACAGCAGGCAGGCACUUUCAUUGAACACUUUUUGGUGCCUACAAAAAACUUUUUGUUUAGUCAAACUUGCUCUUACUCAUUUUGCAUUUUUAUAAACCUUUUAACAAUUAUUUUAUUGACAAUUUUAAUGUAUAUUUUAUAUUAUUUGUAAAGGUUUUGCUUACAGUUAAGUGGUAUGAAAAUUUUGUUAAGCAAAUAAAUCAGAGCUUUCCAAACCGUGUUUCGCGACAUGUUCAUGUAUCAGCUGCAGUGUGCAGGUGUGUCAUGCGAAUGCAGCUCGCUCUCCUGCCGGGGCUGGAAAAGGGUUAGUUUAACCUUCAGUUUGCUAGUAAAACUGAAUUACUGUGUUUCAAAAUGAUGCAUGUCUAAAAAAUGUGUCACUAACAUAAAAAGUUGGGAAAGCUCUGAAAUAAAAAUAGUGUGGGGCAUGAAGGUCAUAGUGUUCAGGGAACAGGAAGGUGCACUUCUUCCUGUUUCCCGAGCCCUGAAACAUUAUUUCAGUGGUACCACCCCAGGGGGAGAAGAGGCUCUCUUUGCAAGGUAAGUGAGGGUUUCCAAUCCCCAGCACACUUCUUGGGACCUCUCCUCACAGCCCAGCGAUGGAAGCAAAGCUCUCCUGCUCCACUGCUAAUCAGCGGAAGAGCUGUGUGGGGCAAUGCUAUCUGCCUGUGUGAGUGAAUGAAUGUGUGAGCCUCCCUUUGUGUAUACAGUGGUACCUUGGGGCCUCCUGCUGCCGCUGUGCCGCCAAAGCACAAUUUCUGUUCUCAUCCUGAAGCAAAGUUCUUAAUCUGAAGCAUUAUUUCUGGGUUAGCAGAGUCUGUAACCUGAAGCGUAUGUAACCUGAAGCGUAUGUAACCCAAGGUACCACUGUACAGUGGUACCUCGGGUUACAGACACUUCAGGUUACAGACUCUACUAACCCAGAAAUAGUACCUCAGAUUAAGAACUUUGCUUCAGGAUGAGAACAAAAAUCGCACAUCGGCACCGGGACACCCCAUUAGCUAAAGUGGUGCUUCAGGUUAAGAACAGUUUCAGGUUAAGAACGGACCUCCGGAACGAAUUAAGUUCUUAACCCGAGGUACCACUGUAUGUGGUAUGUGUAUUGGCCAUUUAGGCCAAGCCUAUAGAUGGCAUGCUGCCUUCAGAGGGUUGACAAAACUUCAAUGAGCUCCUCAAGCAAAAAAAAAAAAAAAAAGGCUAGCCACCCUGUAGUUAAAUGUUGCUCCAGUUUGAGCCCUCCGAAAUGCAGCUAAAACAAAGUCAUCCCCUGAGGCAGGAUCUGGCUGAGCCUUGCCAUUUUAAUAGUUCUUUUCUGAAUAAAUCUUUCUUUUCAAUAAACUGAUUCAAAAUAAUUACUGGGCAGUGAAGUGAUGUACAGUAUCAUUUUGUUAGUCGUUGCACAGUUGACUUCAGUAGACCUUCCAAAGCAGAGCAAUUAGUGUCAUUCAAGAAUUGAGCUAAUUCCAAAAGUCACAGCACAGUUCCUAGCCCUUUAAGUAGAGUGGAAUGUGUGUUAUAAUACAUACAGCUUUGUUUAACAGUUUGAAUUAAAAAAAAACCCAAAACACUCCCACACAGUCUGCCCACUGAGUGCUGCUGUUUCCAAACAUGUUUGUCAUGUGACAAAAUAGACAUUUGAGCAAUUUUGACACAACAGUGCACAAGAGCAUAACUAUUUUUUAUUCUACAGCCACCUGAGGAAAUGGCAGUGUGUGAAACAUCUAUUCCUCUCCCAGAGCUUCAGUUUCCAGAGUUUCCUGGGAAGAGGGAUUGAUUUUAAACUGCUCUGGGCAUUGUCACCCUGUGAGGAGAAUAGGGGUUUCCUAAUGAUUCUCAGCACCCAUAGCAAACUACAGUUCCUGCAAUUCUUUGGGGGAAGCCAUGGCUGUUCAAGUGGCAUCAUAGUGUUUUAAACGUAUGAUGCAGAUGUGGCCUUUAUCCUGCCACAACUCUUUCAUACUUGUGGCUUUGGAAGAUACAAGUUAAGUUGCAGAGUGGGUAUCUGGGCAGAGAGUCCUUUCACAUGCUUUCUGUCCUUCAUCCCUUAAGUACUUACUUCAUUAUUCGGCUCUCCCAAGAAACAUAAAAUGUGAACUUAUUUCCUCUAGCUAUAAAUUACAUAUUCGAGUUGCAGCCACUCUUAUGCACCUUAACAUCAAAAGAGCAGAGAAAUCUCCUAUCUUGCAGGCCAAUUCUGGAUACAAGGAUACAUUUUUAUCACACUUGAUAUUUAAAUGACUAGAUAAAAUUUGGCUGAGAGCAUUUUAUCACUUUAUAAGUCAGAUUCUGAACGUUUACCACAUUUAUCACACAUGCGCCUUCUCCUGAGUUAAUCAUUUCAUUCUGCUGUAUUCUUCCUAAUACUCUUUCUAUGCUCCUGCUCAUUAAUGUUCAGUGACUUCAAAGUGUGAGAGUUAAUUGCUCUUAGGGGAUGGGCAAUACUCCCCCCUUUUCUGCAUGCUUAAAAAAAAAAAGAAAUCACACAGUUGACAGUCCUGGUAUAAUUUCAGAAUGCCAUUUUCUUUUGUGCUUUUCCAUCAAAUAUCUAAUUUUUGCAUUUUUCUUUCCCCCCUGUGCUUCAUUUGUCCGCCCCUCUGUCUAUUCCUGCAACACGGUCAGUUUGCUUCAUUGUCUGUUUCUUUUUCUGCUGUAGCUAACUUGAUACUUUACAUCCCAAAUUUUAUUUUUAAAUUGUUGUAGCCCACCUGGGCCUCAACAUGGAGAAAUCAAAUAAAUAAUAAUGUUGAUAUGUGGAAAAGAUCGCCAGAAAUGCAUUCUGUUGGGAGGAGACUUUAAUCCACAAAUUAGUUAAACUUGGUGUCCUUAGAUUCAACUAUUGGCUCCAUUCCUCAAUGGCUGUAUUUGCAUAUCACUGUAAACUAUGGUUAAUAGUUUGACAAACAAAUUUCAUCAUGAAGCCAGGUAUUGGUUGCUGCCUUGCCAAUUAUGGUUUGAGUGAAACAAACCACAAUUCUCAGUUCAUGCAUAACACUAAGUCAGAGAUUUUGGCUUGUUGAUCACACAUGGAAAAAAUGAAAGUGCUUGUGAUAUCAACACUAUUGGUAAGUCAUUAGCAGUGGUUUGCGAUGAUGUCUGAACUGGGCUAGUGUGGGAAUUAAUAAAUACAACACAGUAAUAAAACCUUCAUUAAAAUCCAGUACAGCUUCCUUAAGUUGUAACGUGACUAUGGGGCUUAUCAAGCAUUAACUCAUGAUAAAAAAUGCAGUAAAAAUGGUUUGUUAUGCUAAUUCACCUCCACUGGCAUUUUAUCCUUAAAGAGGUGAGAGCAUAAGACAUUUCCUAGUAGGAAUGAAAUUGCUUAUUAGAGUGGAAGAGGAGAUGCAGCACUUGGAGGAAGUAGUUUCCAGAGAUGCAACAUAAUAGGGAAUGGAUAGCAUAUUGCAGAGAGAAGGUAACUGACACAAGCUGCAUACAUACUAUCCAUUUAAAGUACAUAACUUCCCUGAAAGAAUCCUAGAGACUAGUUUAUUAAGUGUGCUAGUAAUUGCAGCUCUGAGAAGUAAACUACAGUUCCCAGGAUUCUUUGUGUUAAGCCAUUUGCGUUAAAUGUAUGGUGUGUGCGCAUAUUAACUUGUAGAAUUCACUGCCACAAUAAAAUGUGGUGGCUGUUGGCUUAGAAGGCUUUCCAAUGAGAAUUUCAUAGGCUAUCAUUUCCAUUCAGUAUAUAUUGAGUAGCAGUAAGUACUAUUAGAGGGACAUGGGUGGUGCUGUGGGUUAAACCACAGAGCCUAGGACUUGCCGAUCAGAAGGUCAGUGGCUCGAAUCCCUGUAAGCGGGUGAGCUCCCGUUGCUCAGUCCCUCCUCCUGCCAACCUAGCAAUUUGAAAGCACGUCAAAGUGCAAGUAGAUAAAUAGGUACCGAUCUGGCGGGAAGGUAAACGACGUUUCUGUACGUUGCUCUGGUUCGCCAGAAGUGGCUUAGUCAUGCUGGCCACAUGACCCAGAAGCUGUACACCGGCUCCCUCAGCCAGUAAAGCGAGAUGAGCGCUGCAACCCCAGAGUUGGCCACGACUGGACCUAAUGGUCAGGGGUCCCUUUAAGUAUUAUUGCAGAGCAACACUAGAUGAAAGUUCCUGUUUUCUUGCCCAGCUGCUUAACUCUCUGGAAGCAGUUGGUAGAGCAUAAGACUCUUAAUCGCAGGGUCAUGGGUUCAGGCCCCACACUGGGCAAAAUAUUCCUGCAUUUCAGGUUGGACUAAAUCAGGGGUCAGCAAACUUAUUCAGCAGUCCACUGUUCCUCAGACCUUGUGGGGGGACAGACUAUAUUUGAAGGGGGAAAAUGAACGAAAUCCUAUGCCCCACAAAUAACCCAGAGAUGCAUUUUAAAUAAAAGCAUACAUUAUACUCAUGUAAAAACACCAGACAGGCCCCACAAAUAACCCAGAGAUGCAUUUUAAAUAAAAGGACACAUUCCCGGACCGUCUACUCAUUCCCGGACCGUCCACAGGCCAGAUUUAGAAGGUGAUUGGGCCGGAUCCAGCCCCCGUGCCUUAGUUUGCCUAUCCAUGGACUAGGCUAGAUGAUCCUUGUGGUCCCUUCCAACUCUACAUUUCUGUGAUCAGGCUUCACAGAUUGUUGGUCUAAUUGAGUAAUGCUCUUCCACUCUUUUCCAUGUUUUUUUGUCUUCUUGAGGUCUCAAAACUUUGACCUUUUUAAUGAAUAUAUAUUUUAAAACGUUCUUGCUAGAUUCUGUAAACGCCAUUUGAGCAUUAGAGAGCAGACUUCUGUGUAGCGUCCUCAUUCAUGCCUAUACCUUUAAGGCAGUUUUGCUCCCACUAAAUGUUGUUAAAAUAUGAACACAGGAAGCUGUCUGAUAUUGAGUGAGGCCUUGGGGGUCCAUCUAGUUCAGCAUUGUCUACACUGAUUGCAGUGGUUAUCUAGGCCUUCUUUCUCAGCCCUGCCUUUAAGACAUCAGGGAUUGAACCUGUGACCAUCUGCAUACAAGACAGAUGCUCUCCCACUGAGCUGUGUCCCUUCCUUCAUCUUGGGAGAUAUUUUAGGUAUUUUUUAAUUCUAAGGAUUUCUACAGUGAUCCUGCAUUUUACCAGCACUUUAUUGCAGCAGACCAUGCAUAAUGCAUCUUCUGUGUACACAUUGUGCUUCACAGUGACAAAUAUUUUUUAAAAUGUGAGUCCCUGCACCAAGAAGCUUAGGACCACAUCACAAGUAAUAUUCCUGAAAAGCGUAUUUUAAGGAAACAGUUCAAUAAAUUAUAGUAAGCAACUUCCUUGGUACCCAAAAAUGAUUAGUUUGAACAACCUGAACAUUUGCAAUUUGGAAACCUUUUCUACAUCUACCGCCCGCCCCCCCUUGCAGUGAGAAUGUUUAUGUUUCUUAAAAUGCUUUUGUAUACAUUUUUUUCAAUUCUGUAUUUUCCUAUAUCAGAUGUAUGAAAAACCAAUAAUUUAUUGUGCUUAUACUCUUUAGCAGACUUAGCUGGUUAAUGGAUAUUGUUGUUGAACUUGGUCUGAAUAUUGAUGAACAUGUGCAUUUAUUCAUUCAUUUAUUUAUUUGCUAUUCAGCGAUUAAGCUUCUUUCUUGCUUUCUUUUGGCCUCUACCCCCCCCCCCGCCCCCAGAUAGCAAAAUGGGUGGCUUUUCCUACAGCCUUGGCAGGUGCAUCUAUUGUACAUGCUGCAUCUGAAGAGGAACCAGAAUCUCGUCGCAUGAAGGCACAUCAGGUAGGAUUUGUAUGACCUCUUUAAAAAUUGAAUGAGCAGAAGCACCUAGGUGCAGUGAAGGCUUUCUUCUGAGUUUUGUUUCACAGGAAACAGAACUAUAUAAUAGAAUGCAACAAGUGAUAUAGUAAAAUAAUAAUAAUAAUGUUGUGAUGAUGAUUCUCGAUGCUGCAUCACUUACCAUUGCAGAUGAUCCAAAAAUGGAGGACUGAAAAGAUAAGCUAAUGCAAAUAUGUGAUAUAAUACAUAAUAUAAUUUAAAGCUGAAGAGAAGCAUUCCUUCUAUAGUUUCAAUGUUUAUGAGUUGAGAACUGUUUCUUAUGUAGCCAAGGUAGUACUGCUCACACAAGAAGGGGAUACCCUCAAGUUUUGGAGAGCCCAAAGGUUUGCAUUUUAAAACAACCUGGGAGAGGGAGAGCCCAAUAAGGACUGAGUGUGUGCUCGGUGUCUACAGAAUGCUAAGUGAUAGGGAGGGUAUGGAACACCAGGGGCAGAGGCUAUGCAGUGCAACAGCUGGAAUAUUGAACAGCAGCACUCCACAGCGCAACAUUUUGUUGCAAGUCCCACUUGGAAGACUGAAUCACAUUUGUACUUAAAUUUACUGUGGCUUUUGUAUUAAUGCAUAGGGGUUUUUUUUGGGGGGGGAGAGAUUUGGUUUGCUUUCAUAUUUGCUUUAUUUAUGCUUGAUUGUUAUCAAUCUAGGUAUGAUGAACUUAAGAAGAGGGCAGUAUACUGCAGCAACAAGCUCCACUACCAUCUUUUGAUCUCAACACAUUCAUCAUAUCUUGUGUACAGAGCCUACAUAUAUACACUCUAACGUCUCCUGCACUCUGUAGGUUAGGUACACAGAGCGCAUAGAGACCAGCAUGAGGGCCUGCUACUGUGCUCCAGCUCCCUACUCUACAUAUUCUUUGUGUAGGGCUAAAGAAGAUUAUGUUCUUGAUUUCCACCCCACUUGGAGGCUUAAAACUUAGGACAACUGCUGCUGACAUAUGGUCCAAAGCACAGCAGUCACAUUGGACAAGGUGUUCUGUGCGACUUGGAAGUGUUCAUACAAGAGUGAGCCUUCCCAUCUGCACCAUGAAGCUGGUGGUAAUCUGCACCACCAUUUGCACUGCUCAAGGGUGAUGGAGAUAGCAGUAGGUCAAGGGUAUCCAAUAUGGUGCCUUCCAGGUAUUGUUGGAUUAAAACUUGCUUCACAGCCACUGGCCAUGCUGGCUGGGGCUGAUGGGAGUUGGCAUCUGACAAUAUCGGGGGGGGGGGGGACCACACUGGCUACACCCGCAGUAGACCAGUGGUUCUCAAACUGUGUUCUGAGGGAUCUUUAGGUUCGUCAAUGAGAAAGUUGGUAAUGGCUGGCAAGCUUCACUGAAAAACUGCUUGUCUGCCACUACCAAUUUCUCCUGCAGAUGCAGUGGGGUUUUGGAUGCAUUUGAAAGACAACUCUUGGUUCAUUCAAGUUAGGUACUAGCUCAGCUGAUCAUAGUACCCCAGAACACAACCCUGAACCCUGUGCUGCGUACAGGUAUUAUGUGGUAGAGAUGGUUAUAGCUCAGUGACAGAGUAUCUGCUUUCUGUGCAAAAGGUCCCAGGUUCAGUCCCCAUCAUUUCCAAGUAGGGCUGGGAGAGACCCUAUCUGAAACUCUGAAGUGCCAUUUCCAGUCAAUGUAGACAAUACCGAGCUAGAUGGACCACUUUCUAUGUUCCUAGAUGUGCUGGGGACCUCAACAGCCAUGUUGAAAUGGAAGGAAUUCUCUGAAAGUAGAAUCCACUGCAUUAGAUGACUUAAGCUCAGAUCCCUGUGUGUGUGUCAUUUCCCUGAUCAUCCAUAUCCAUGGCAAAAUGUCGGGGUCAACUUACUGGCACUUAAUGACCAUACAUGCCUACUUACACACAGAAGUCUUUGGAUCUACCCUUUUAUCCAGUAGAUGUUAGUAUCCAAAGUAGUUGUGGAUGUAGAACAACCCUUCUAUUCAUGCAAGUCUUGUACUACACAGGCAAAUUUUGCUGGAUUGAGGCCAUGGAUAAAAUAAUCCCAUUCCAAGUAUGUGGAUUGCCCCUCCCUUUUCAUGGUUUUCCCAAGACAAGCUUUGUUAUAACUCCUAUCCCCCCACUUCCUUCCAGCUUCCUAUUUAUAAUGCACCACCUCUUAAUUCAAGAUACAUUGAUGAAAAGCCUGGCCGCUUGCAAAGUAGGAUUUCAUCAGUAAGAAACACAACAAGUUACUAUGUCAAUGGGUGCAAGGUAAGAAUAUUACUUAAUUUAAUAGAUCAAGAAUUCUCAUACAUGUCUUGCCAUAAGUGAGCAGGUGGAUAAAUUGGAGUCAGCAUGGAAUAAGAUUUCUAUGAAUUAGUUCAGUUCAGGAUUUCCAGUGCAUUUUUAGUUCAGAGUUCUUAGUCAAACCCUUAAGAAGAGAAGUAACAUAUUCAAACACUCUUAAAAAACCUUCUGCCUAGGAAGUUGCCCUUUUGGUAGAAGAAAGGUUAGGAGUAAGAAUGAUGUUCCUGCUUUAGGUUUGCUUUGUGUUAUCUGGACCAACCUUUUAAUGCCCACCAGUCAGUAAUUUCUCUUUAUUUUUGUUGUGUUUCAAAGCUUGGAGCGUAGUGACCUCUUGUGGUGUAAAUUCAAAAUAAAUUUUCAGUGCCAAGUUUUGUUCACAAAACACCAGUGCAAAAUAAACUGAAAUGUAUCAUUGUGAAACACACAAUAUCUUUCCCACUGUGAUGUCCCAAACUCUAUUCCUUAUUCGUUCCUGCAAUAUGUUAUUUCAGCUGAAAUAAAUAACAGAUGGUAGGGGAGGGAAAACUGAAGGGAAGAUGGUAGGGGAGGGAAAACUGAAGGGUAGAGCAUUGGGGAGGAGUUUUCCAAAACAUUUUGCCUCUUGUUGAAAUCAAUGAGAGGGCAGUAAAUGUAAUUUCUCCUUCUUGAUACAUUCCCAACAUGCCAUCAGAAUGCUUCCUCUUUGGCCUCUCUGAGGUUGGAGAGGAAUCAGCUGCAGACCUUUCUGCAACCGCAGGCAAAAGGCUUCCAACUACGGAUCUUCCUUCCUGAGAGCAGACCUCUCUCUGUUUUCAGCCUGAUGAAACUUUGGCCCCUAAGAUGUCCUCCCAGAGACUAUAGGAGUGCAGAGUUAGGAUCUACUACAUAUUUUAGAAAGUUGCACUAUGCAUUUGGAUACCUCUUAAGAUAUCUUACCUAAGUUUUGUGUGCUAGUUCCUAAGAUCAAGGAGCAGUUUUUCGUUUAUGUUUGGAUACAGUUGAAUGCCAUUUUAAAUCAAGAUUGUGGACGGAACCUUUUAAAAAAGCUUUUAUGGUUUCUUGGAAUUCCUGAGCACCAGGUAGAAGGCAGCUUGUCCUAAAUAAAGAAAUAUAAUACACAAGAUGUCCACCUAAAAAUUGAUGCUGAUGCAUAAGAAUGUUUACAUCUUCUGGUGGUGCUGGAAAAUAUGAUGUAUCAAAAAGUUUAAAUCAGAAAACCUCAAACACCUUAUAAAUGUAGCUUGUGCUAUGCCAGUGGAUUAAUGCAAUGAAAUAACAAUUUCCUGUUAUGUUUGUCUAUCAGUAGUUAUGAUGGAAGGCAAGGGGGAUGUGUGUUUGUAUUUUAUUUUGUUUGUAUUUAUAUCCCAUCUGUUUGUCUGAUAACAGGCAACUGAGACAGCUGACAACAUGGGGAAAUUAAUACACAAUAAAAUAAUAGGAUGUUAAUCUUAACAGCAGAUGGUUCAGAAAGGCUAAGUUUAUUUAUUAUUUGUGGCCUGGAUCCAAAGCACCAUGUGACUAGUUUUGCAUGCCCAAGUGUGUUUGGAUAUAUGAUUCACAAAAAGCAACCCCCCCCCAAAAAAAAGGUAUGGCAGACUUCUUCCAAAACAGAAGUUUCAUAAGCACCUGGUGUGGGGGGGCUGCUCUUCAAAGGGGACAUGUUCAAAAUUCCACACACAUAUAAGGCCUUGGGCAUACCUAAUUAAAGUAUCUUCUUGGAUCCCAGCCAUUAUUCAGUUUGGAGUAUAUGUGGGAGGGGGAGUGAUUUUUACACAGCCUUGCUCCCUCUGACAGUGAAUGAGUUGCUGUUGGUAAUGCAAUGUGUACCACAGUGUAAAUUAAUAAAGCUGCCUUUUGUUUUUCUCUAGCUGAAUAACUUUCCUAUGUAAAGAGAUCAAAAGUUUCAUAUUGAAUAUAUUGUACACUGCACAUGCUAUAGCAGAGUCACCAUGUGGCACCCACAAAGGCCUUCCCCGGAACCCAUGAGGUUCCCUGCUCCUCUGCUUGCUGAAAUUAGGCUUGAAGUAUUAUUUUGUAGCCAAUAGAAAAGGUUGUGGGGGUAUUUGGUUGUGGGGUGUGUGUCACUGAUAGUUUAUCAGACUUACAAAUGUGGCCACGGAUCCAAAAAAGUUUGCAACCCUUGCUACAGUAAUAUUUUGCUAUUGCUACAAUAAUAUUUUGCAGCAUUGGGUAGAGGGCAUUAAUAAAAUAUGGCACUAUUUGCCUCCUACUUGCAUCAUAUAUACUGGUUCCAAAUCCACAGAAGCAGCAGCACAGUAGGAGUCUCCUCCUGCCCCACCACCAAAGAAGUGAUAGCUGUGACAAAUUUGUCAUUACCAGCUAUUAGAUUGUUGGGGAAAGUCAUGGGCUCAAUCCAACACUUGCUUUUCUCUCUUUUUUUAAAAAUAAUAUUUAUUACUUUUCCAACAAUUUAAACACUACAAAAAAAAAUAAACAAUACAAUACAAUACAAAAACAAUACAUAACACUAACACAUUAAACUAACAAAACAAAACAAAAACAGUUUAAAACACAUCAAACAGUUUCAAUAUCUUAUCUUUCAUUCACUUAUUUCAAUGACCUCCUCACACCUCCCUUUUUUGUAUUCCACUUCUGUUAAUUGUUUCAGCAAUUCCUUUCCAUCUUCCUCUGCUUUCUAUCCUUUAAUUAUCUUAACACAUUCUAACCUUAUUUUUCCCUUUAAUACUCUAUUAAUCUAUUUAUACUUAAUUCCUUAUAACAUUUCUACUAAAACCAUAUAACUUCAUUCCAACAUUUUCCUAACAUUCAUUAAUUUUACAGUAUUUCUGUAAAUAGUCUUUAAACUUUUUCCAGUCUUCUUCCACCGACUCUUCUCCCUGGUCUCGGAUUCUGCCAGUCAUUUCCACCAAUUCCAUAUAGUCCAUCAACUUCAUCUGCCAUUCUUCCUGGGUGGGUAAAUCUUGUGUCUUCCAAUACUUCGCAAUGAGUUUUCUUGCUGCUCUUGUUGCAUACAUAAAAAAAAUUCUAUCCUUCUUUGACACCAAUUGGCCAACCAUGCCAAGGAGAAAGGCCUCUGGUUUCUUCAGAAAGGUAUAUUUAAAUACUUUUUUCAUUUCGUUAUAGAUCAUCUCCCAGAAUGUCUUAAUCUUUGGGCGUGUCCACCAAAGGUGAAAGAAUGUACCUUCAGUCUCAUUACAUUUCCAACAUUUAUUGUCGGGCAAAUGAUAAAUUUUUGCAAGCUUGACUGGUGUCAUGUACCACCUAUAAAUCAUUUUCAUUAAAUUUUCUCUUAGGACAUUACAUGCCGUAAAUUUCAUACCUGUGGGCCAACACUUGCUUUUCUCUUGCCCUGCCUAAGACGUGAUGUUAUUGCUGAUGUUGCUGGACUACAGCUCCCAUCAUCCUUGAGCAUUGAGCAUUCUAGAUGAAGUUGGACACAGGUCUCCACCCCAUUGUUAAGUGAUUCAGGAACAUUGCACUUAAAUCUGCCUCUUUUCCACCUCCUCCAUGUUCCACUUGCUGAUCAGUUAUACUAAAUUCAAAGAGCUGAAUUACAAAGUGGGGAAAUUUCCAGUGUUUUGUCUCCAACUGUUUGUCAAUGUGAUUAUUUGAUAAAUAUUAGGAGUUUUUAAUACAGUUGCAUAAAUAUCAGAUGGGGAAAAUUAUAUUUUACUUUGUUUGUGCAGGAUGCUUAUCUCUUUGUCAAAAAUGGGAUAAUAUCAUCUGUACAGUUUGGAAAAGGUGAGUGAUUAUGUGCAAAGCUUAAAUCUUUAAUUUCUUUGUUCUUGGCCAUGCAAAUUACAAACCUUCUUAAAAUGAGGCGACAUUCCAGAUUUUCAUAUAAAUAUUUUAUAUUUUCUUAUAAAUAUUUUGCCCCACUGUAAAUACAGCACAGUUAAUAAAGUCUGAAUUUGUAUGAAGUAAUCAUUUCUACAUCCAAUUACAAAUAAAUUAUUGUUUUUAUUAAUUCUUAGAAAAUAAUAUUCAGGCUUAGCAAAUCUUGCUCUUUUUUUUUUAAGAUGCCUAUGUUUACCUGAAGAAUCCACCUCCAGAAUUCCUUCCCAAAGUUGGUGUGAUUACAGUUUCAGGACUGACUGGGCUAGUCCUUGCAAGAAAAGGUAAGGGAUUACAUGCUUAUAAGUUACUGUUAUUAGUAUUAAUUUAUUAAUCACCUUCUGUGCAAACAUAUCAAAACAAUUCACAUUAAAAACAGAAAAAAACAGUUUAUAACUCAUACACAUAAUCUCCCCCAUUACAUUUAAAACAAAACUAAGAGAGUACAAAAUACACACUUAUGGCAAAGACCAUUUAUUCAACUGGGAAAACAUCCUAAAACAAAAAAUAGUCUCCAGUUGUUUGCAGAAAGUGCAGAUAGUGGGGCACCUGUUGUAUCUCAACAAGAAUGCUAUCAACAGAACAGGAGCCAGCCCAGGCAAGCUGUUUAAUGAAUGGGGAGAGGCACAAAAUGUCUAUCCCCCUCCAUUAAAUGUGUUUGUAGCAAGGUUUAACAGAGGGGUAGGGAGGCCCUUCACCUAUGUCUUAUACUGGGUUAGCAAGCUGCCCUGUGGCCUCCCCACCCCUGGUUAAACAUUUUUGCAGUCAGGUUCAAUAGAGGACGGAGAGUUUAGCAACUGGUGAGCAAGGAGAGGGAGCAGGUGGAUAAGAUACAUAGUUAUAUGUUGGGGGAAGCCAGUUGAUGAGGUGGGGUUGGUGAAUGGAGCUGUGUGUGUGUGUGUGUGUGUGUGUGUGUGUGUGUGUGUGUUGCUUCCUUGCCACAUUGGAAUGUGGAUCCUAAUGCAGAUGGUUACAAAGCUUGCUGUCCUGUGCACCUUGCACCUACCCCACUGUAAGUUUAAUACAUCCAAGUAGAAUCAUGAGGAUGCAUGCAAUGGAAUACAUAGUACAGCCUUAUGCCUAGUAGUCUGUAACUGUAUCCAGAUUCAGAUGCUUUUGCAGCCUCAUUCCCAUUAAGAACAGAAGAGAUGGGCAGUGUUGAUACAGGCUGAAGAUAGUUCACUUGACUGAAUGCUUGUCUAUAUAAAAAUAUUGCUUAUACAUUGGAAGCCAGUGUGGAGCCUAGCCUUCUCAAUAUGAUUGUUUUUGCUUAAUGUUGCUUAAAUCAAAGAUGGGCAACCCAUGGCCCUCGAGAUGUUGCUGGGCUACACAACCUGUCAUCUUUGGGAUAGGACCUUGUCAUCAUUGGCCAUGCUGGCUGGAACUGAUGAGAGCUGUAAUCCAAUAGCAUCUGCAGGGCUGCAGGUUCCUGGUCACUGCCUUAUAUGGUUGAUUGAUUGAUUUUGCAGGAUCUAGAUUUAAGAAGAUUUGCUAUCCCUUUGGACUCUGCACAUUGGGCAUAUCUGUUUGCUAUCCAGCUCAGUCAGUAAUUAUUGCAAAGGUGAGUUCUACUAAAUGGUGUAUGAAUGCUUUCCUUUUUAUUGUUUAAAAAUCUUGCCACUUGUUCAUCACACUUUAGCAUUUUAAACUGGAAAAUUCUUUAAAGUUUAAAAGCACUAAUAGAUUGCUAUCUAUAAUUGCGUUUGUUCUUUCUUUCACUGUUGGCUGCAUCACAGUUCAUUGGAGAAGUUUUGUUAGCCUUGCCUAUGCUACAAUAUUUUUAAAACUGGUUGUUCAGUGCAAUAACAUUUCUAAUAUUAAACUAGGUAAUAGGUGGAAAGGCCUAUGCUGCAAGCCAUAAAACCUAUGAAGCAAUAGGAUCGCUAUGGACCAAAAAGUCCACUACGGAAGUUCUACUCACCCAGGAUAAAGAUACUCAGGUAGGUUCUUUUCCAAAAUCUACCCUUUAGCAGCAUGGGCUAGUUAUCUUUCUUUGAUAUACAUUGUGUUUGAAACACAUGCAUAAAAACAAUAGUGUUGCAGAUAUCCAGCAUCAUUAUUUUUCAGCCUUUGAACUUCCAAACAUACAACAGAUUUUUAAAUACUAUAUAUAGUAGACUGGUUUGGAGACUGACAGAUACUCUGCACAUGUUAAGAGACAUAUUUUUGCUAUUAUUUGUGUGUAUUUUAAAAUAAUUUUUAUUAAAUUAAAAAUAGUUAUACAAAAUUCUGCACAAUAUAGAGUGUUAUCAAACAGUAUCUGGUGGCAAUUAUACAUUGACCACAUAAAAUUAUGGAUCACUGUCAAACAAAAAUAAGACAUGAAGUAAAACCAAAAUAAAUAAACAAUGGGCAUAUGAAUGGAUGGAAGGUAGUGACUAGAAAUAUUUAUAGCAUAGACAUAAUGGUUAAACAAGACAGGGUUAUGAAACAUGGACCCUAUUACACCAAUGGAAAGUAUUUUAAUGGGCACAAUGACUAUCAGCCAUAUUCAUUUGUAAGCCAAGGAGGAUCCUCAGCCAAUUUGCUAUUAUUUUCUUAUUUAUGCACUGCUAUCCAUGUGCAUGACAUUUUACAUAGCAAUAUUAAGCAAAAGACAAGCCACCAAUCUGUGGGGGAAAGACUGUAGCACAGUCUCUGCGUGGAGAAGGUCCAGAAUUGAAUCCCUGGCAUCUCCAGGGCUGGAAAAGACUCCUAUCUGAAACCUUGUAGAGCAGUACUUGCCAGCCUGGUGUCUUCCAGAUGCUCUGCACCAGAGCUGGGGCUGGGGAAGUGGGCAGCAGAGGGCACCAGAUUGCUGAAAGCUAGUGUAGGCAAUACUGGGUGAUGGAUCAUUGAUUUGACUCUAGUAUAAGGCAACUUCCUAUGUUACAAGGAGUGUUCUGCCUAAAUUUAGAUUUGGCAAUAUCAGGCUAAUUUUACAAUUUAGUCAUUAUUUCAACAGCAGCAAGUACUUGGAGCAGUUCCAGGAACAGACCAUAUUGUCUCAGAAGCUCGGAAGAUAGCCCUUGAAUCAGAAGAAAAGGUGAAAUCAUCACAAAUGCAAUUUAAUGCAGAGAAGACACUUCUGCAGACAGAUUCUGUUCCUUUGAUAGCUGAAGCGAAACCACCAAGUGUGAGAUCAGGUAUGAAUAACCAAGAACUGUCCUGAAGAUCUUAAGUGACAAGACAGUGCCAAACACAUACACUAACACCUUUUUUAUACUUAACAGAUGUGUUGAAGGCAACAAAGUUUAAACCAGACCCCAGCCUCAUGGACCAUGGCCAGUCCAGCCCAGAAGAUGUGGAUAUGUACAGUACCAGAAGCUAACAGAGCACAAACUCCCAAAAAUUUUGGAUUACAAUAAUGAUGGGACAUUAAAAUGGGGAAAGUUGUGAUCUAUAUGGUGGUAUUUGAUCAGGUAGUUCUUCAACCUGAUCUUUAACUGCACAGCCAGUUCACUUACCCUUCCUUUCCACGUAUCAUUUCCCCCCCUAUUACUUAUUGCUACAAGUGUUCUUUUAAUUUUUGGAAAUCACUUGGAGAAACAGAUUUCUGUGCCACUCAUGCACAGAUAAUGAAGUGAUAAUGAAAAGAGAAAUAUUUAAACUUCUUUUCCUUGGGCUUAUCUUUAGUCCAGGAGAUGUGGCUGCUCAACACUGUAGCACUUUGCUAAUAUGCUGGCCUUUAAAAACUUGCUGUCAUUCAGAGGAAAAGGGGGAAACAUAUUGAUAAUUAUAGUUUAUGGAUAUAUAGGUAUAUAUAAUUAAAAAUGCAUUUCCCAAACUGCUUGCUGUGGAGGUGUUUUGGUAGCUUCAUACAGGACAUGAAUUUUCAUCUGCUUUCUACAGUCCUUGUGUAGUAGCGAAGCGGGAAUUUGCAUAUAAACCCAGCAGAUGAUACCGAGGCUAUGUUCGCAGUUGUGAAUGCAGGUAUCUUCCUAUUUCUCCACUUCCAGCCUCUGGGGCUGAUUAGUCCUGUCAGGUUUUUUAUUUGACCUCAAUUCCACUUUGGCCAAGUCACACCCAUCUACUCUAUUCCUGAUACAAAAUCGGAUGAGGUUGCGCCUGAGCCAAAAAGAUCUACCAAAGGGAGCCAGCCAAAAAAGGCAUACAGGAUUAAACAACAGGGUGCUUCUGAGCACAUUCUGAGCCAACACAUUUGUUUUUCAUACUAAAACUGAAGUGAGCGCACAAUCCUUUCACAUACAAUACCACUCCUGGUUAGCUUUCUGCAAUGCAACAGCCUAACUUGGGGUGUCAUUUUGUCAUUGCUAUAGUUAAAAUAGUUGCUGAAACUCUAGCUGAUCUACGGAAAAGUCACUCUGGGGUCUACUAAUAGAUACUGAUCUACUUUCUGCCGCCCCCUGCUUUAUGUGGGUACUGGGACGCUGCCUUGGUUCUCCAGUAUUGGUGAUAUAGCAACAAGCCAUGUGACACAAAUGUCAUGAUACUGCUUUGGGUAAGGGUAGGAAAAGUGCAAGACCACAGGAACAUAGGAAGCUGAGUCAGACAAUAUGGUCUCUCUGGUUCAGAUUGUGUACUCUGGUUGGCAAAAGCUCUCCAGGUUUCAGAUGAGUGUGUUUUCCCAGCCCUACCCAGAAAAACUGGUGAUUGCAUCUCUGACUGUAUGCAAAGCCUGUGAUUUUAAUGGUAAUACCUAAAAUAGGUACAGUUUUUUAAAGUGUAUCAUGCAUUCUCUAGUUGUAACCUUUAUAAACAGGCAAGUCACUGGAAAUCGGGGGGCUGAGAGAACGGUUUGUCUAAGGCAGCCUUUCCCAGCUUGGCAUCCUCUGACUUGGAGGCACCAGGAAUCAAAUCUGGGACUUUCUGCAUGCAAGGCAGGUGCUCUUUCCCACAAAGUCUUGUUCUUCCUUCUGGGCAUAAGCUUGUGCAUGCUCUAACACACUAGGGCACCAGCACUAUUUUUGCAUUUGAAGAAAAGCAAGAGGUUUCCUGGCCAGACCAGCACAUUAUGUCCCACCUGUGUUCUUUCUCCAUAUGAGUCACCAGUUGAGUCACCUUUGCUUAAACUGAUCCGUAAGAUUCAGGCUGCAUUUGAAGUGUUGUACAUCCAUGUGAAGAAAAAGUAAAGCAAUUUAUCAAAGUCAUGUCAGUCAUAAAACACGCACGCUUCUUUUAAUUUUUCUUGCUAUUUGCACUCUGCUUUGAAGCCACUGUGUUAACCAGAAGUCUCCCCUUGUAAGUGAGAUUUUUCAUUGCAAGCCUGAUGAGCACUCCAAGCUUUGAGAGUGAUAAAAAAAAUGGCGGACUUCCUUCUUUUAGUCUCCAGAAGCCAUUCUGACUAGAUUUUCUUUGUCAAAUCUAAAGAGAUGCCAGCCUUCUUCAGUGGAAAGGUCUGAAGCACCACGCCUCAUAUAGUACUCUAUAGAUGGCUUGUUCCAAACAACAACAAGGAAAUGCAUGCAGCUGCAGUUGGUUUCGAUUGCUAUCUGAAAAGUAAGCACAGGCAAUAGCAUUUGGGGAAAUAAGAGAGGGGUGUCCAGUGCUGGUAGCCAUUUAUUGCCUUUCCCUCUAUGCCAGGCACAUCCAAGCUUAAGUUGCCUCCCAUCUACCAACAAGUAUCAAAAACUGGCAGUGCUCUACCACCCUCCGAAGCAAGAUAGAUAAAUACAUCUUUAUUUCAUAGAUACAGUAGUUAUGUUUGGAUUUCAUUAUGACAGAUCCAAAUAGUUACUAGAUGGAGAAGUAACUAAACAAGUGAGAAAAGUCAAACUAUAUUUUUAUAUUAGUUUGCACAGAUCUGAGGAGCCAGCUUUUCUCUCUCUCUCUCUCUCUCUCUCUCUCUCUCUCUCUCUCUCUCCCUCCUUCAGGCAGCAUCCCAUUCCACUGCCAGCACUCAGCACAGCGGGAAAGAUAGCAAGCUGGGGCACUCACUCUCCUCCUCCCUCUCUUGCUCUCCCUCAAGCAGCAUCCCAUCCCACCCCACUGCCAGCGCUCAGCAGCGGGAAGGAUAGCAAGCUGGGGCACUCUCUUUCUCUCCCUCUCUUUCUGUCCCUCAGGCAGCAUCCCACCCCACCCCACCGCCAGCGCUCAGCAGUGGGAAGGAUAGCAAUCUGGCAGCGUAUGCACACACCAGCUCUCCCUUGGAGAUAGCAGGGCAGCAUCUCAAGUCCCCCCAGGAGCGCAGCGAUCAACCUGCGAUCGACCAUAAUCAGUCUCAGGUUCCAACAGUCGAUCGUGAUCGACGUGUUGUACAUGCCCACUCUAUGCCAUUUAUUGCCUUUCCCUUUAUGCAUUCCCUCUAAGACAUGAGGUUGGUAGCCAUCAUUACCUCUUGUGGGAGUUACUUUUUUAAACCAUUUAUAUUUAAGCUGCCAGUUAAUCUUGUUGCUUGAAAUUAUUACUGUAGCAAAUGCAGAAACAAAACUUGGAGUAAAAGAAAACACAGUUACUUGGCUUUCUUUGCAAGAACCACUGCAUUCACGGAUUGCACAGAAAGUUGUAGGACUAUAAUACCUGCAUCUAGAGUUCUGAAUCUAAACUGGGACAACUUAAAGUCUUUGCUGUUCUCACAUUCUUGGGCAUUUUUAAGCAUUAAUACAAAAUCAAAGAUUUGGAUAUAAGUCAUUAAUUAGUCACUAAUUUGUUAAGAAUUCUUAUAAAACCUUUUAGCUGGCAAAAUGCUUUUCUGCUUCAGAGCCAAUUGAUAUGUACAGUAGCUGUGGUGGUACAUUGCACACCCACCAUUUAAUUUCUCCUUGUUUUAUUUAAAGAUGCCUAUAAUUGUUUUCAUUUCACUCACAAAUGUCUCAAAGCAACUUACACAUCCAUAAAAUGCACAAAGCUUACAAACAGUUAAAGACAAUGCAUCAGGAAAUUGUAUUUUAAAAAUGCUCAUGCAACAAUAUUAAAAGGAUGAUUCCUGCCCCGUUCAGCUGAAAGGUGAACAUGACAAGCAGGUAAGAAAUCAUACUAUAGUAUGAUCCCAAUCAUAAGCACUCAAGGAGAAGACUUAAAAUCCAAUCUGUUUUUUGAGGUAAGUUCUAGUCUAGGUUGUAUCUUCCACAUGGGAAUAUUUUUCAAACCUGUAACUCUUCCCUCUUUUUCUACCUAGUCUCCCUUCCCAAACAAAUUCAGGAAGUUGAUUAGGAUUGCCCUUCUGGAAGAGGAUAUUGUAUCACAGCUGGAGAACGAAGCUGAGUCACCAGUUGGAAUGCAAGUAAAAACUUCAUUCAUACAAAUGAUUAGAUGGUUAAAACUGUUGGUACCCCUUCAGACUACAAGUGAGGAUUACAUGGUUCAAUGUAUUUUCAUACUGAAAGCUUCCCCACACAUAGAAAGCUAGCACAACAGUGAGUGUUCAGCUAUAACACCUCCCCCUGACAUCUAGUUUUAUAUAUGCAAAAUUCUGAUUUUAUUUAUUAGUACAGAGGGAUUAGGAAAGUAUUGAGUUAGAAGGGAUUUCAAAGGUCACCUAGUCUAGUCCCCUUCAUGCCAAUGCAGUAAAUCCACUGCUACAUCAUUCUUGAUAGGUGGCUGUUUUCUGUUUAGUAACCUCUAAAGACAAGUUCCUUCCAAGGGAGUCUGUUCCACAGAACAAUUUUGCUUCAUUUAUUUUAUUUAUUUAUUUAUUUAUUUAUUUAUUUAUUUAUUCCCCGCCCAUCUGGCUGGGUGUCCCCAGCCACUCUGGGCGGCUUCUAAUAAAACACUAAAAUACAAUAACCUAUAUGACACCCCUUCAGGUAUUUGAAGAUUCCUGUCCUCCAGAUUUAAGCCCAACUCACAGAACAUAGUUUGCAGACCCCUCACCGUCUUUGGGAGGAGAUGCCAUGGCUCAGUGGCAGAGCAUACACUUUGCAUGCAGCAGGUUCCCCUUUCACCCUCUGGCAUUUCCAAGUACGUCUGGGAUUGCCCCCAUCUGAAAGCCUGGAGAGCUGCCGAUGAUAAGAUUGGGUAGAAGGCAGGUUUUCUGUGUUGCUGUAUUGCUCUCUGUUCCAGUUUAUCACUAUGCUGCAGUGUCCAGAGCUAGAUGCAGCACUCCAGGUGAGGUGAAUCUCUCCAGAGUGGAAGAAAUUAUUAAAAUCUACAUAUAUUUUUCUUGGUGCAUUAGCCCUUUUUUUAGCCUCUGCAUUCUGCUAUUAACUCACAUUUCACCUUGUGUUCUGUUAGAAAUUUAAGGAACUUUUCAUGUGUGUUCCUGCAGAUGCAAGCCCCUACCUGCAGUCUGAAGCGUGAAACAGUUGUAUCAACAGUUUUUACAAUCUGAUCUGUUUCUUGUGUGAAUAAGAUUAGAGAUUCUAACCACUGAUACCCUGUUGAUCCUCUCUUUUGCUUCUUGAUUCUCACAACUGACUUGAAUAAUGAAACCAGGUUUGGGGAACUGGUAGCCCUCCAGAUGCUGUUGGACUCCAGCUCCCAUCAUCCUCAGCCAGAAUGAGCAAUAAGGGUGAUGGGAGUUGUAGUCCAGCAACAUGUGGAGGUCACCAGGCUAGAGAAGACUCUCAGUCAAAUUUAAUAUGUCAGCAGCUUUUUGACUAAAGUAGAUUUAAGUCUGUACUGUUGAAUAUACAGCUUACAAAGUAAAUACAUACAAGUAAAUAAAAGACAGGAAAAUAUAACUUGCCUGGCUUAAUCUUUUUAAAAGUUCUGUUCCAAUGCCCCAACCUGCCAAAACACAGAUCAGAAAAACCUCAGAUACCAAAACUUGCAACAUACCCAUGUGAACAGUUUGCCUGCUUUGACAAUAUGCUAUUUUAUCUUCUUUGCCAUGAGCCAUGAACAAAAUAGGAAUAUUUACCGGUAAAAUCUAAUGCAUUAUUCUAUACACAUACAAAAAAUUAAAUUUCUUUGAAAUUG